UGCAACUUCAUUCUCACCCUGAAACCAAACAGAGGGAUCACAGGGAGAAGUAAAGGAAGAAAAGUUUUAAUAAAAACCUUUAUUUCUUUUCAUUUUCUUUUACGUAUCUUUCCUAAUUUAUUAGGCGAUACUAAUGGGAGCCUCAGUCGACAACCGCCAAUUCCACCUCGAACCCACUUUAAACAGGGUGGCUCGUCCCUUCAAAUCCGUUUCAAACCAACGGCCCGGCUCUCCGGUUCGGACGUUGAACUUCUCGAACCAGGACUUUACUCAGAACAACCAGAAACCAGUUCCAACAUUGGAGGAAGAAGAGUCAGAAGACUCUUCAAGUGAAGAUGAAGCUGAUUAUAAGGAUCUGAUCCGCAAAGGUAACAGUGAAUUAGAGCCGUCGAUUUUUGAUCCGCGAGAUGAAGGAACGGCUGAUAAGUGGAUCGAACGCAACCCUUCCAUGGUCCGUCUUACAGGGAAACAUCCCUUCAACUCUGAACCGCCAUUGGUUCGUCUCACGCACCACGGGUUCAUUACACCGGUCCCACUUCACUAUGUUCGCAACCAUGGUCCUGUUCCAAUGGCCACGUGGCAAGACUGGACUGUCGAGGUUUGUGGUUUGGUUAAGAGGCCAGCCCGUUUCACCAUGGAGCAGCUAGUCAACGAAUUCCCAGCUCGUGAACUCCCUGUCACUCUAGUUUGCGCAGGUAACAGACGCAAAGAGCAGAACAUGGUGAAACAGACAAUUGGGUUCAACUGGGGUGCUGCGGGGUUGUCUACUUCAGUGUGGCGUGGCGUGCCAUUGCAUUUGCUGCUCAAGAAGUGUGGGAUCUACAGCCGUAAAAAUGGAGCCCUCAAUGUUUGUUUCGAAGGUGCUGAGGAACUGCCAGGUGGCGGUGGAUCAAAGUACGGGACCAGCAUCCAGAAAGAGCUUGCUUUGGAUCCAUCUCGUGAUAUUAUUUUAGCCUAUAUGCAAAACGGUGAGCUCUUGGCGCCGGACCAUGGGUUUCCGGUGAGGAUGAUCAUACCAGGUUUCAUUGGCGGGCGCAUGGUAAAAUGGUUGAAGAGAAUAAUUGUUACCACUAAAGAAUCAGAUAGUUACUAUCACUACAUGGACAACAGAGUGCUGCCCUCGCAUGUCGAUGCAGAGCUAGCUAAUGCCGAAGCCUGGUGGUAUAAGACAGAGUAUAUCAUCAAUGAGCUGAAUAUAAAUUCCGCGAUCACAACGCCUUCUCACGAAGAGAUAUUGCCAAUUAACUCAUGGACAACUCAGAGGCCGUUCAUGGUGAAGGGCUACGCAUAUUCUGGCGGCGGUAAGAAAGUGACGCGUGCUGAGGUGACUCUGGACGGUGGAGAAACGUGGCGGGUCUGUAACUUGGACCACCCAGAGAAGCCCAACAAGUAUGGCAAAUACUGGUGUUGGUGCUUCUGGUCCCUGGAGGUGGAGAUACUGGAGCUACUUGGAGCCAAGGAGAUUGCAGUCCGGGCCUGGGAUGAAACCCUUAACACCCAGCCGGAGAAGCUCAAUUGGAAUGUCAUGGGAAUGAUGAACAACUGCUGGUUCCGGGUUAAAACAAAUGUCUGCAAACGUCACAAGGGUGAGAUUGGAAUCGUGUUCGAGCACCCCACCGUUCCGGGCAACCAGUCCGGUGGGUGGAUGGCUAAGGAAAGGCACCUAGAGAAUUCAUCAGAGAAUAUCCGAACUCUGAAGAAAAGCGUUUCAACACCCUUCAUGAACACUUCAUCAAGAGCUUUUUCCAUGGCUGAAGUGAAAAAACAUAAGUCAGCUGAAUCGGCAUGGAUAAUUGUUCACGGUCAUGUCUAUGAUUGCACUCGCUUCCUUAAAGACCAUCCCGGUGGCACCGAUAGCAUUUUAAUCAAUGCCGGUACUGAUUGCACUGAAGAAUUCGAUGCCAUACACUCUGAUAAAGCCAAGAAGAUGCUUGAGGGUUAUCGGAUUGGAGAAUUGAUCAGCUCAACCGCUUACACAUCUGACUCGAACGCGUCUUCGCCUAAUAGCUCAAUGCAUGGUGCAUUAAAUAUAGCACAGAUAAUUUUGGCUCCUAUCAAAGAAAUUGCCCCAGCAAGAAAUGUUGCUCUCGUCCCGCGUGAAAAAAUCCAAUGCAAGCUAGUGAAGAAGGAAAUUCUCUCUCAUGAUGUGCGUCUUUUUCGAUUUGCCUUGCCAUCAGAGGAUCAAGUACUGGGGUUGCCAGUAGGGAAGCACAUAUUUUUAUCCGCUACCAUUGAUGAUAAGCUGUGCAUGCGAGCUUAUACGCCAAGCAGCACCAUUGAUGCGGUGGGGUUUUUUGAUCUUGUGAUUAAAGUUUAUUUUAAAGGCGUGCAUCCAAAGUUCCCUAAUGGAGGGCAGAUGUCACAGUACCUUGACUCGUUAUCGCUGGGGUCUGUGGUAGACGUGAAGGGUCCAUUGGGUCACAUUGAAUAUGCUGGUCGCGGCAACUUUAUGGUUCAUGGCAAACCCAAGUUUGCAAAGAAACUGGCUAUGUUAGCGGGUGGUACAGGUAUCACACCGAUUUAUCAAGUGAUUCAAGCUAUUUUGAAAGACCCAGAAGACGAAACUGAGAUGUACGUGGUGUAUGCAAACCGCACCGAGGACGAUAUUCUGCUGAGGGACGAGCUUGAUUCUUGGGUGAAGGAACACGAGAGAUUAAAGGUGUGGUAUGUGGUUCAAGAGUCCAUUAAGGAAGGCUGGCUGUACAGUACUGGGUUCGUUACAGAGAGCAUCCUGCGCGAGCAUGUUCCGGAAGGAUCAAGUGAUACUCUGGCUCUGGCUUGUGGUCCUCCGCCGAUGAUUCAAUUUGCUGUGCAGCCAAAUUUAGAGAAAAUGAAUUACGAUAUCAAGAAUUCCUUACUAGUUUUCUAGAAAAGAGAGAAGGGGUGUCUUUAAAAUAAUAUGAAAUUAUACGUACAUAAUAGCAUGGUUUGUUACCUGGUUAAUCCUUUCACUUGUAAAAGAAAUGAGGGCUAUUUUCCAUGUAUUAUCAUCAAGUUGAAGCUUAAUUGCUAUGUGUAUAGAGCACUUCUCCGUGGCAUAAAUCAAAGGUUAAUU